AUGUCUGCAAAUGAUAUAUUAGAUGUUUUGAAUGUCCAAAGAGACAGUCAAAACCAGCCACCAAAAAAAAAACAAAAGGUUGGAAAUGAACAGACUUCUAUGCCUCGUCAAACAGGUAUGGCUAGAGAGCUAUAUAACUUAUUAGGGCCAAAUACACCUCCAGUGAAUAUGUCAGUUGCUUCAGGUAAUACGGGGAUUAGAGAUAAGCUUAAUAUGAAACCAUCUCCGUGGACGAAGAUGCCAUUUACACCAGUUACGUCAAAGGCUGGUGACCAAGUGGAGUUAUUUCAUUGGGUAAAAGGAUCAAAAGAAUUACUAGAACAAGAAGAGGCUACGAAUAAGAAACCAUAUUUUUUUGAAAAAUUUAAUACGAAAUUGGAUUUGCCGGGGCUUAUGGAUGAAGAAGCGUAUAAUGUCUUUAUGGCAGAGCUUAAAGAGCAGGAAAUGAAACAAAUUGAAGAGCAGAAAGAAAAGGAGGAGAAAGAAAAGGAGGAACAGAAAGAAAAGGAGGAGAAAGAAAAGGAAGAGCAGAACAAAAAGAAAGAUCAAAAAGAAGAUCAAAAGGAGAAGGAAGACCCUGAUAAGGUCAAUGAGACUGAUAAGAAAGACAAUGAUGAGAAAAAUGAUGAUUCAAGUCAAGUUGAUAAUAAGGCCAGCGAAUCAGAAAAACAACCAGCUAAAGAGGAAAAGUUACAAGAUACCAAUUCUGAAAGAGAUAUUUCAGAAUGGACAUACCAAGAAACAAAGCAUCUAUUUGAACUAUGUAAUGCGUAUGAGUUGAAAUGGCCCGUGAUAUAUGAUAGAUUCAAGAACCCAGAUCGUACAUUAGAAGACAUAAAAGAACAAUUUUAUAGAGUUUGUGCUAAGAUAAUAGAAUCUCAAUCUAAUUCAAAUCCGGCAUUAGUUGAAAAUCUUAAGGCCUUUUCGAAAUCAAAAGAAAUUGAAAGAAAACAGUACUUAGAAAGUCUUCUUAAAAGAACACCUGCUGAAAUUGCCGAAGAAGAGUCUCUUGUGAUUGAAGCUCGCCGAUUUGAACUUGCAGCUAAGAAAAUGCUCAUAGAACGAUCACAUCUUUUAACAUUGCUUGACUCUCCUCAAACUACGCAAUCAGUUCAACAGUACCAGUCGUCACAGGGUUUAGCCAACUUAUACAAUAAUUUAAUGAUAAUCGAUAAGCACCAGAAGAAACGCCAAUUCCAACAGCAACAAAGAACAAAUAACUCAAACAGUCAUGAUCCAAUUCCUCCGCCUAUCCCAAUUGCAGCUUCUUCAUCGUUUAAGAAAGAGCGUAACUUUCAAACUCAUUUGCAGCAAUAUUUAUCUGGCUUUUUAAAACAGAAUCCCUCUAGCAAUGACUCAAAGCAAGAAGCAAAUGCUAUUCAGCAAUUAUUAAUGAAGCGUUUAACGGUGAAGGAAGAAGAAGCAUAUGGAUUGCAUUACCACGCUAACGAGAAGCUUACACCGGGAGUUAUAUUAAGAUCUACUCAAAGAUUGCCCGGUUUACAACAAAGGCAAUCUGUUUUAAAAUCUGUAAAUAGCAUUCUCCAAGAGUUGGAUAUUCCUACAGCGGGUGGAACAAGCUGGAAACCUGUUAUGCCUACCCGAAAGACUAUGGCGAAAUAUGAUGAGUUAUUAAAGUCUGUGGUUGCACUUUUAGAUGUUAAAAAGGGUAGAGAUAAAUUAGAAUCUGAAAUCAGAUUAAUUAAAAGUCAGCGGGGUUUACAAUAG